AUGAUUACCAACAUGGGGAGAGGCAGUCCUCCAGCGAGGGAAACAACAUGGCUAUAUCAAGCCGAGAAUUUCAUCAGGAGGACAUACCCUGAUUGGAGAGCCGGGAACACGACUCACCUUUUCCCACCUGUUCAGUACAAGGAUGAAUGGAUCAAAUCUGCCAGAACCCAAAGGGGGAAAGCGGAGAGAUCCCUCAUUCUACGCCUGCAUCAGCUCGGACAGAGAAACCGGUCACCCAUUUUCAUCACGUAUAAUUCGGAUUUCGUCAACCUCAUCAAGAUGCGGAACGUCGGGGGUGGUAUCGAAGGCUUCCUGGAAUCGGAAGGGCACGAUAUCGUCAUUAUACAUCGUAACUUUGGGGUAAUCUUAAUCCAAAUAAAGAAUCUGAAUGUCGAGAAGACAGAAAAAGAAGAAGAUGCAAGGAAGAAUAUCCAGUCAGCCACCGAACAGCUUGAAAUGGACGUUCGAAGUGUGAUAGCCACUAGAACAAAAUUAGACGACGCCAUGAGAGAGUGCGGUCUGGAAAACAUCAACGUGUCCCUGUCGGUAAUUGCACUCCCAACUGCGAAAAGAGAACGAGUGCAUGAAAGGCCAUUUGGCGCAGAUCUGGUCUUCCUCAGCGAAGAAGAUUGCAGUUCGGCUAAAUCCCUCGAAGAAUGGUGGCAGAAGUAUAUCCUCCAAUCGGAACAUCUUCAGAGCUCCACCAUCAAGGAUGAGACCUACAUGAGUCUACUGGCAAUAUAUAUCGCACCAGUAUACGCAACCCCGGCCUUCACUGCCCGAUUCAACAGACAAAAUCUGUCUUUCCUGACCGAAGAAAAGCUUGACAUCCUGGUGAACGGACCGAAGGAGUUCGUGCUGAAAGGAGCAGCCGGGACUGGGAAGACGUGGAUUGUUCAGGAAAAGAUCAGGAACAUCGUCAUGUCUUGGUUUUCUCGAGGCCCCAUCGAAGACAAGAACGAGAGGAUCCUCCUCAUCCGCAGGAACACCCAUGUCGCCAACGAAUUGGGGAGAACGCUGUACGAACUCCUCCUCACGUCCGCUAUGGCUAUGAUCAGCAAAUGGGUCGACGGAACGAACGAUGAGGAGGAAAGGCAGAAGAAUCUUUCCGAAUCGGAUCAGAAUGUGAUACUGGAGACCCUGCACGAAGUCUUCAAGACACAGAAACCGCCAUUCGACCACAUGUUUGUUGACGACGGAGAAGAAUGGUGCAAAUCCUACGGUGACCACUGGUUGACCAUGCUCCGAUCUCUUCACAAAGGUAAUGGAGGAUAUUUUUGGCGGACCUACGAUCCCAUUUCUGAUGCCAUGGAAAAAUUGACGAACGCUAUGAAAUCCGAGGUGAAGGGUGCUCGUCCCUUGUAUACAGUUUUGAGGAAUACGGGAUCCGUCUUGGAGACGUGGACUCGAGCGUAUACAUCACCUGUUGGAGGCGCCCUCACGACGAAGACCAUCGCACUCGACUUGAUGUAUGAGAUUGGAAAAAUCAAAUUGGGACACAAUAUACAGGGUCCCAAAGUGGAAAUGUUUCACGUGUCCUCCUCGGAUCUGGCAGAUAAGAUACAGGGAAUUCUGGAAGAAAAGUUUCCUCACGCAAACCAGCUCUAUGACAUAGCUAUUGUCUUUGCUGAUGAAGCAGAUUUUCAAGUCCAUAUGCAGCGUCUUACGGUUGAAUUGUACACGAAGCAAAAUCAAUGCCCAGAGAAGAGAUACAACAUAACAACCUAUGCUGACUUCUUCAAAGGCCUCGAGGCCCCUAUCGUGUUCUUGAUUAUCAACAACAGACGUGAGAGGGAGAUUAAUUUGUACGUUGGUGCAUCAAGAAGCACUUCCCAUCUCUUUGUUCUCGCAUUCAAUGGGAGCGCAGCAGAAGAGGAAGUCGCGUUGGAGAAGUUAGUGGACACAUUACUUCAUCGUACCUUUGUAGAGGAAAUUAUCCCAGAAGUGGAGGAUGCAGUUCUCCGGGAAACCCGCCGCUGCCUAAUAAGAGAUAAUCCAGAAGCGAUGAUAAUACGACUCACGCAGAUCGCAGCUCUAAGGAGAACAUCAAGGGAAGCAAGCGUAAAGCAAGUAAAUGUUUUCACGAGCGAAAGAGAGCAUCGCGAGACACUCCGCUUCCUGCAGAUUCGAGAGGUCGAUUAUGGAACCUCGAUUUUACUCAAGUUAUGGGUCGAGACGGGUUGUGCGAUUCUUCCUGAUACUGUCCUUGUACAGAGCGACGGGGAAAUGAGACUCUAG